AUGCCCUUCCACAAGCCCGUUCGACACAGCCCCGGCCGCAGUGGUGUUGGUAGCGGCGUUAGAAGACACCAUACUCGAAGUCAGCCAGCUUCGCCCCUCUCCCCUCGCAGGCCCGUUACUCCUGUUGCUGCUAUUAAGAAGAAAGUCCGGUUCGUUAAGACUCAGAAGACUCAGGCCAAGGCUGGUACCUCCACUUCUCUUGCCCAGUUUUCCUCUACUCAGCCCGAGGAACUCUCUGAGAAGGCCAUCGUCGACAAGAUGCCUCUUUCUCAGGCCGCCGAUGGCGGUAACAUUGUCAAGACCGCCGAGAAGGACAAGAACCCCGUCACCUUGGCCAUCAACACUGACAACACUAUUGCUUCUUCUUCCGGCCUUCCCCUGAAGCAAGCUGCUUCGACAGCCAUCAACACCAACGGCCUUCUCACCCCCAAGCCUUCGCAUGACAUCAUCCAGACCGCCCAGAAGGGCGCUCCGGCCAGCCUCCUGGCAAACGGCCUCGGUCAACAAAUGGACCUUGUUGGAAGACCCAUCGGCCAGUCCGACCAGACUCCUGUCGACCCCGUCGUCGUCGCUCUUGACCAUUGGAUUCGAAACACCAACGACGGCAGCAUCGCUGAAGCCCCCAAGCUCCAAGGCUGUGGCCCCUGGGAGGUUCCUCUGCCUCCCGGCAUGGACCCAGCCGUCCAUGUCAACCCCCAUUCGCCCAUUUUGUGCCGCUACCUCGACUGCUGGAUUAUCGGUCCUGAGGGAGCUCCAUUGCUGAAGGUUCACAUUCAUCCCCUCAUGCGAGGCCGGCAUACGGAGGAGUAUGUCGCCAAGAAGUGGACCGCCUGGAAGAUGAUGUUUGCCUGGGUAGAGCACCUGGAGCAGUACGGCAAGAACGAUGCCCACGCCCCCAUGGAUAUCGUCUCCUUUGUCCGGAACAGAAUCGUCUGGGAGGGGAAAAUGGCUAGAGAGGGGGCCGCGAGAGCCAUAGCGAAUCGCGAGGACAGUGCCAUGUUCGGCGGCAGAGACAAGUGGUACUUGCCUGCCGUCCGCAGGGGCGGACCCUUUGACAAUAUGUUCCGAUCCAUGAUUGGCAGCGCCCUGGUCAAGGUUCACAAUGACGAGGCUCUGAAGAAGGUUGCCGCUCACCCCCCGGGCGACAACAGCAUUGCCCACAUCAUUGCCAGCUCGAAGUAUGUCAACACCGACGCAGGUGUCAAGGAUCCUGUCCUUGAUUCCGCCGCCAACGACGCCCCCGAGCAGCCCAAGGACGCCAACUCUACGGCUGGUGUUAAGCGUCCUGCUCCCCAGCCCGAUGCUGCUCAGCCGGCUGUCAAGCCCGCCCCGAAGCAGCCCCUUGAGGUCAUCGUCGUCGACGACUCUGACGACUCCAGUUCCAGCUCUGACUCGGAGGAUGAGCCCCUGGCCAAGCGCGCUCGCAAGAAUCCUCAGCCUAAGCGUGCCACCAAGCCUGCCGCCGAGAAGACCGAGACCGAGGCGAAGCCUCGCCGCAGAGGCAGACCCGUUGGCAGCAAGAACAAGACCACUGCCAAGAAGACCGCCGGAAAGAAGGCUGACAAUACUGAGAUCAAGGCCUCUGGCAAGGAGACCGAUGAUGCUGUCGACAAGAAUCUCGACAAGGAGUCCAACAAGACCGACGACAAGGAUGCUGACAAGCCCGUCCGCAGAAUGAUCCGAAUCAAGGUCCCCGCAAAGGCCGCCGAGAAGCUCGCUGCCAUGGACGACGCCGAGCGCGAGGCCGAGGCCAAUGGCAAGCCUGCCGCCGACAAGUGA